CACCAGCAGCCUCCACUGUGACCUUUGGCGGACCUUCGAAGUCGGCGCUUUCUGGUGGCCCAUCCAGCGAAUCCGCCUCACAGUCUACUUUCCCACCUGCUGCCAAGCCAGGUUCUCCUUUCGCGUUUGGUUCUUCUACGUCGGAUACCGCACCCAAUUCCAAGGUCCCGAUAGCAUUCGGUUCACAAGCUCCGUCCACUAAUGCUUUCUCAUCCUCAGGAGGGUACGUAUACAGACCCAAAUUUUCAAGUAGAACGCGCUAG